AUGACAGGCUGUUCAAAAAUUCAAACGGGGGAGUCAUAUCGCCAGUGGCAAAUUGACAAGAAGGCCGUGUUUGAGUGGUUCGGCUUGCACCUCAGCCCAGCGAAGCGGAUAGAGUUUAUGUACGGACUACUUCAUAUGUGUCAACCACUUGAGAUUCGCUUUUUGGGAUCAUGUCUUGAGGAUCUUGCACGGAAAGAUGUCCACGUUUUCCGGGACUUUAUUAUUAGCUUCUUACCUACCUCACUCCUUAUGGUCACAGGGCAGGUGAAAGUAGCUAACUCCUCUCAUUGGCUUCCACCACAUUUACUAUCCAGUGUCAUUAGAUCAUUACAGCAGAAGCAGCAUGCCCUUCGAAGGGAGGAUCUCAGCCCCAGGAGCACUGACAUGGGUCAGUCGGCCUGCUGUAUUCCCAAUCGGCUCCCCAACAGGACAUCAUCCCAGAGAGAAGAAGUUCACAUGGACAAGAUUGUGCUAAAGACGAUAUCUUGGAACCGAGUAAACAGUGAAUACGGUAUUGAGGUCCAGUGGUCUGACUCAACAUGGACCAGAGUGACCAAGACUCACCAUGAGCUGGGCGACUUCCUGUCCAAGAGGUCAACUGAGCCCUUUGAUAACGGCCUGGUAAGGUUACUGGCCCAGGGAUACCAGUAUGAGCCCAGGGACCUGGAGAGGACACUACAGAGGAAACCAGGCAACCCACAUCAGAACACAGAUGAGAAAUGGGCUUUCACUCCAGAAAAAAAGAGCAGAAGAAGACCUGGUGGAAGGAGAAGUGAUGGGGCUAAAGGCUACAUCCCCAGCAGCUUCAUCAGACCACAGUCAACACACAUGACCAGACAGGAGCCGGUCCAGAACAGGUAUGGAGACACGUGGUCCGAUAGCUCCAGUACUCCCUCCAGUCCCCAGCAUGAGGCACAUGAGAGCCUGGAUAAUGAGGACCUGGAGGACGAGAGAGACACUGCCGAGAGUUACUCAGACCACUCCGUCCAGGAGAAGAAGGCGAGUGAUCACAGCAGAGGGGAAGUUGUAGCUACUGUACACGCUAUAGUCCCUGUCCCCUACAGAGAAGAGACAUCCUACACUGGCAGUCCCCUGAGUGUACACACUCUAUCAAUGACGGUCCAGAAUGGGCGAACCAUGCCAGACAGGACGGUCAUGGUCACUCCACAGCCGGGGGACGGUUCACCAGCAGAUGGGGCACUGACUGGGACCACCUCCGUGGUUCCUCAGGAGUCCAUCCCAAGCCAAGCUUCCCUGGGAGACCCUGAGAGGCAGAGGCACGUGUCUGCCCCCCUGAGCUCACCUCAGCUAGCCAAUGCAGGAUCCAGCAUGUACCUAAACCCCCAGUGUUAUAUGACCCCUACCAGCCCAGAGAGUAGAAGCACUAACCCCCAUCACCAGCCCCCAAUGAGCGCCAUCAGUGUCAUCCCCCUGACCUUCCACGUGUGCCCCCUGAGGCCAGCAUACACCAGCACUGACCCAGCCUCCACCGCCACCCUACCCCUAGCAGCCUCUCUCCCUGACCCUAGCACCAGGACUCAAGCCCUGGCUGCGCCCACCAGCAUACCCACCCCUACCUCCGUGACACCCUCCUCAGUGGCCACUGUCACCCCAGCUGCAAUCAGCCAGGUUCAGGCCACUCUGCCCCCAGCCAUCCCCACUCACACCCCCGGCCCCGUGGCCAGCCCAGCCCUGACCCUCAUCCACAGCACGGCCCAGGGAGAUGGUGCCUCUUGCAGCAGCUCUUGGGUGGCAGCAGGGCAGGCCCAGACCCAGCAGCAGGCCCUCCCUCCACAGCAACAGCAGAUGAGCUGCAAUUCCUGUGGUUGCCGUGGCAGCUGUGGUAAUAGCCACUCUACCAGCCCCAACUUCUCCUUCCCUCCCCAGCUGAGGCGCCAGGUCUUCAGCAAUGCCCACCUCCCUCUCUUCCACCUCCCAUCCAUGUGCAGCACUGGAUAUCCCAGCCACCGCUGCCAGGUCCAACACCAGAGCAACGCCACCACCCAGCUACCUUUCUACUCCCCUCCACCUCACACGGCCAACCCCACCUCCACGCCACCUCCACGCCACUCCCACCACAUGCUGGCCACCCAGGCUGGUUACAACCUGCAGCAGAUGGCAGCUGCUCCCUUCAACAGCUUCUACACGCCCAUGUUCUCCUCGUUGGGACUGGGACUGGGCACGGGCACGAUGAAGAGCAGUGCCAAUGUCUCUUGCUAUAACUGUGGGCUAAGCGGGCAUUAUGCCCAGGACUGCAAACAGCCCUCCAUGGACGCCGGGCAGCAAGGUAAUAUUGGCCAGGCUAGUGGCAGAGAGAGGAGGUGAAGUCUCUCAGAGAUUCCUCAUCCUUAGUUUCAGCAUAGGAAGGCAAAGCUUUAUUUGGUAACCUGUUUGUUUUUUUGUCCACUGUGUUUUGCACUGUCCGACAUUUUCACGUCUGAAGCUGGAUUGUCUGAAUGAGCUCUAUUAAAUACCCAGGCCAAGUGUUAAAACAUGUUUUGAUAGGACUGACUCUGAAUCUGAAAGACUAGCAUAGACUAUGGACAUCACAUUUCUUUAGGUUACUUGUUAGGCACGCGACACUGACACACUCCUUUCGGCUGAAGUACAUGGCCCCCCCACUUCUUUGAAGCAGACCAAACUGACUGACAUGAGGGGACCAAGGCAAUGCUUUGUUUCUCACUACAGUAAAGAUUCCAGAAAAUGUUUGUGGGUUGAGUUUUUCACCAAUUGUAUUACUUUGCAAAUAUCCAGACUUGUUUCUCAGCAGAGAAUGGAAUCCUGUAUCAUUCUCAGACUUUUCAGAGGACGGUGGUAUUUUUCCCUGGAGACGAGUACAAGACAGGCUCACGUUUCCAGACUAGUCUAUUACUUUAAAGAAAGAGAACCACGUCUUUUAAAUGGUGUGGUGGUAAACUUGCAUUUAAUAAGGAUUAAUGGAUUGACUGAAGGUUGUUAUACACAUUUCAAAGCAGGUCUUUUUAGUACUUUUCAAUUAGUUUCUUACUUUUUUGUAUUAUCUCAUAAGUGUUCAAAAUGCAAGAUACAGUUUCAAAGCAGCUAGUCGUUAACCAGCUAAUUUUCAUUUUAUUCAUGUGAGAACAAAAUAUGUGAAGAACCUAACGCUCUUAUUUUUUGGGGAUUGUGAUAAAGCGGAGAAAAGAUGCAUGGUUUAUAAGAUAAAGUAUGUAUGACAUAAUUAGGUUUUUGACAGAAUAUGCUGACUGUACCAUAAAUACCCUGUAUUUGAUUUGUUUUACAAGCUAAUGGUAUUCCAUUGGAGGGACAUUUUGUACGAAAAAAUGUGUUUUAUUGCCGUUUGUUACCACUUGAUAUAAUGUGAAGUGUGUAUUAAAUCAAUCAUGUCUCAUUCAUGAUGUUAAUGCUGCUGUUUGGUUUGUUUCCUGGGGGCAAAAAUGCACUCAUUUGUGUGUAUGUGGGUGGGUCAUGUCCCCAAUGCUCUCAGGCAAUGAGAGGACUCUUGUGGUUGUAUCCCUUUAGAGUCUCUCCUCUAGGAAGAGAUUUAUUGAGGUCCAAAUCAACCCCCCCACCAC